CCAUGUCAACAAGAGAACUACAUACACGGAUCCACGUCUUGCUUUCGCAGUGGAUGUUAUUGAAUCAAGGAAGGUUUCAGUAAGACAGAGGUUUGAUGCAAGCAGUACAACGGAUCAGGUGCUUAUGGGUUCAGACUUAACUGGAAAGGUUGCCAUUGUUACUGGUGCAAAUUCAGGAAUAGGGUUUGAAACAGCACGUGCGUUGGCAUGCCAUGGUGCACGAGUUGUGCUUGCAUGCAGAGAUUUAGAGAAGGCAAACAACGCUAUUUCCGAUAUUAAGAGCAGCAGAGAUGAUGUAAAAGUGAUUGCCAUUCAACUAGACUUGUGUUCACUUCAAAGCAUUCAAAACUUUGCUGAUGACUUUCUUAAACUUAAAUGGCCUCUUCACAUUCUCGUUCUAAACGCUGGUGUGUUUAUGUUGCCAUGGCAACUGACAGAGGAUGGAAUUGAGAGAACAUUCGCCGCUAAUCACGUGGGCCACUUUCGGCUAACACAACUCUUGCGCGACGUGCUGCUCCGUAGCGCCCCCGCCCGAGUGGUGGUCGUCUCAUCAGAGAGUCACAGAUUUCCAUCGGUCGUGGAGGAAGCAAUGAACCUUGAUAAGUUGUCACCAAGUGAAAACAACUUUCGUGGCAUGGCUCAAUACAACAGAACUAAACUAUGUAAUGUUUUGUUCAGUAACGAGCUUCAUCGACGCAUGGCUGGUCUGGGUGUGACAUGUAACUCCCUUCACCCAGGAAACAUGGUGUAUACCUCAAUCUCGGAUUCUUCAUAUCUAUUCAAGUUUUUCUUCUUUCUUGCAAGACCCUUUACCAAGAGCUUGAAACAAGCAGCCGCGUGUUCUGUUUUCGUCGCCACGGCCCCCGAGCUUGAAGGAAUAGGUGGCCUCUACUUUAACAACUGUUUCCGUUGCGAGCCGAGUGAGCCGGCCUCGGACCCCACCGCUGCUACUCGUCUUUGGACCAUUACCGAGGAUCUAAUAAACGAUCGUUUAGCUAAAACCGAAACGAAUAAAUCGUAAUUGUGACGUCAUUGAGAGAUAUUGUCAACCAAGGGCAAUACUUUUCGGUUCAGAUUUUAUUCGUUUAUAUAGUAGGUUGGGGGAAGAUAGUACACUUUUUCAUUUUAUUUUUCAUCCCGUUUGGUAGUAAAAAAGCAUUCAACGAAUUGUAAAACCGUUUUUUUUUUUCACAACUCCCACGAACCGUUGGUAAUUGUUUAAAACGCGAUCAUGAUACUUGGAUCUUAUGUGCUAAAGGUGUCCCAUCUUACCCCAGAGUACCAUAUUAUACGAAACAUAUAUAAUUGCUAUUAUGUUGUGUGUACGAAUAUUAAUAACAGUUCAAAUGUUCGGAACAAAAAAUGUAUUGGUUUAUAAAUUCCGUACUAGUUUAUUACUAAAGUUUACGGGUCAAAUAUAUCACGAUUUGUUUUUAUUGUAUAAGUUAUGGUAAAUAUGUUGUAUACAGUGGCUACAAACUAAAAUGUUUAUUGUAUAUUGCAGUAUCACGCACUAUACAUGGAACUACAAAAGCGCUGGGGAAACAUGGGACACAUUUUGAUUCUAUAGGGUUGGGAAACAUGGGACACCUUUUUAUUUUAUUUUCUUGUUCCAUUUGACAGAAAACAAAAAAAAAACGAAGAAUUAUAAAACCGUAUGCUCACGACUUCCAUAUAUCGUUGUUGAUUGUUUGAAACACGAUUAGGAAAUUUGGAUAUUAUGUGUUAAAGGUGUCCCAUCAUUUUCCAUUUUACUAUAUUAAAAGUAAUUUUCAGGGAAAAAAGGCUGUAUACGUGGCAAACACGCUUUGGCGAUUUUCGCGAUUCCGAAUAUAUUUUGCGUUACCGUGA